UGAGUUUGGUUUAUCCCACCAGGCUGUCCGAAUCCUAGCUUUUUAGCUCGUUUGGACGAAAUGCCAUUGAACGAGCAGAAUACCCCCCGCAAGAGGGAAGACAUGAGUAGACAGAGCAAGACCCCUAGGUCGCAACAGACGACCUUGACUUCAUUUUUCGGUGUUCCCAAACGCGAGGUUGGGACUCCUACUCCUCGACGAGGAGUUGCUGAAGUCCGCGAACAUUCGAGUCCCGUGGGACGGUCAAGUCCCUCAAUAUGCCCUUCUCCCACGCCACACAACAAAGAUACUGUCCAACGAGGACAACUCCUCUCUCCAACCCUACCAAAGUCGUCCUUGAGUACACCACCUGCCACCGUUCUAUCUUCUCCAUCCAACCGGGCCCCCGGCCGGGUCUCGACUGGCAAUAGCAUAAUAAAUGAUACGGCACAGAACGACGACCCGGAUGAUGAAGAUGUAGUCAUUGGGUUUCGAAGAAGGCUGAGAAAGCGAAGUAGCGCUGUGUAUAUUGAGUCAGAUGAAGAGGACACUGAAAAUGUUGCCCAUAAUGGAGCGCGAGCUUCGGGAAAGAGACUUAAACUCGGGGACAGCGAUGAUGAGGGAGACACAUGGAAACCGCUCGAAGAGAAAAAAGAUGCAACCGAUUCGGAAGACGGUAUGGAAGUUGACGACGUAGAUGAUGAAGAAGGUGUCACUCCAAUGAAGCAGGCCAAAACGCCCAAGACACCCAAAACACCCGCGCGUGUGAACAAUGCUAUACCACAAGCACGCAGUGCUUCUUCAGCGAAAUUGAAGGAUUUUUCCAUGACACCCAGCUCAGUCAAGAAAGGCUCAAGUUUUCUAAGUCCGUUGAACUCUGAGAAGAAGAAAGCGCGGGCCGAAACGUUUAAGCAAAAGAACGAGGAUCGCUAUUCGUGGUUGUUGGAUAUAAGAGAUCAUGAAGGCCGCCGUCCUGAUGAUGAGAACUACGACCCUCGGACUUUAUUGAUACCAGAUGCUGCUUGGAAGUCAUUCACACCAUUUGAAAAGCAGUUUUGGGAAAUCAAGUCAACGCACUGGGAUACAGUGGUAUUCUUUAAGAAGGGCAAAUUUUAUGAGCUGUACGAAAAAGACGCUGAUAUUGGACAUCAGCAUUUUGACCUGAAAUUGACGGAUCGGGUCAAUAUGCGAAUGGUUGGCGUGCCUGAGAGCUCAUUUGAUCACUGGGCCGCCCAAUUCCUGGCCAAGGGCUACAAAGUAGCUAAAGUCGAUCAGAUGGAGACCGCCGUAGGAAAAGCCAUGCGUGACCGCGAGAAAACGACCAAAACGCAAGAUGAUAAAAUCAUUAGGCGGGAAUUGAAAUGCAUUUUGACCACUGGCACGCUGGUUGACGCUGGUCUGUUGACGAAUGACAUGGGGACGUAUUGCAUGAGUAUCAAAGAGAGAUUGGAUGCGGAUCAUCUUCCACCCUCUUUUGGUGUGGCGUUUGUUGAUACUGCGACAUCGGAAUUCUCUCUCUGUUCGUUCGAUGACGAUGUUGAGAGAACCAGAUUAGAAACCCUCAUCAUGCAGCUCAAGCCAAAAGAAGUCAUUUUGGAGAAGGGUGCCUUCAGUAAAGCGUCCGCUCGGAUUUUGAAGAACAAUUUGCGUGAACUUCAAAUUAAUAUGCUUGUGCCGGAUAAAGAAUUUUGGGCACAUGAGACCGUUUUGGAUGAGAUCCGCGGUGGAAAAUACUUUGCCGGAGGGGAGGGCGAAAGUGACGGAGAGCAGUCCUGGCCUGCUGCUCUGAAGGAAGCUCAACCCCUUGCUCUAGAGGCCCUCGGUGGCCUUCUGUCGUAUCUUCGAUCCUUGAUGAUCGACAAAGAGCUGGUCUCAGCUAGAAAUUUUCACACAUACGAUCCAAUCCGGCAUGUUGGAAGUCUCAUUCUCGAUGGACAGACCCUAAUCAAUCUCGAGAUUUUCGAAAACACAUCCGACGGUACGGACGCGGGGUCCUUACACAAACUGCUCAAUCAUUGUGACACACCCUUCGGAAAGCGUCUCUUUAAACGUUGGUUGUGCCACCCACUUCGCUCUAUUCCUGAAAUCAAUGAUCGGUUGAACGCUAUAGACGAUCUGAAUAGCAUUUACGGGCAACAGGAAAAACUGCAAAUGUCACUCCGCAAGUUGCCGGACCUGGAGCGAGUUAUCUCCCGAAUCCAUGCGGGCACGGUUCGGGUGCGGGAAUUUUUGGCUGCCUUGAGCGCUUUCAGAUCAAUUGGGGAUUUGAUGGAAGAGAUGAAACCCUUCAUCGACGAAUUCACAUCAGUUAGACUAAAGCGCAUAUUUGAAUCGGGCAUGCCCGACAAGCUCAUUGAAAGUCUGGACUACUUCAUGAAGGCCUUUGAUCAUGUCACUGCAGCGGCAGCGGAGAGGAUAGAAUUGCACCGAGGGUACGAUGCGGUGUUCGAUAAGGCUUGUGAAGCUAUCGAAGGGAUUGAGGAAGAAUUGGAGGUUCAUCGACAGGAGUGUGAGAAGAAAUUGAAAUGUAAGAUCAAAUACAAGGACAUGGGCAAGGAACUCUUUACGAUGGAAGUACCAAAGAACACCAAAGUCCCUCGCGAUUGGCACAUCAAAUCAAACACCGCGUCUGUGAGCAGAUAUUGGGAUCCUACCGUAGAGAACCUGGUUAGAGAUUUUCUAGAAGCUCGCGAAGUAAAAGAGGAAGCCCUCCGAAAUAUCAAGACCAGAUUAUGUGCGAAAUUUGAUUCUCAUUAUAUGGAUUGGUUGGCGGUUGUAAAGAGCAUUGCAGAGUUGGAUUGUUUGAUGAGUCUUGCGACGUGCCAGAGGAGUAUUGGUGAACCUAGAUGUCGCCCAGAGUUUGUAGAGUCUGAAACAAGUAUAUUGGAGAUUGAUGAGAUGAGACAUCCUUGCAUCACUCAUGGAGCGGUCAGUGACUUUAUACCCAAUGAUCUACACUUUGGUGGAGGUGAUAAAUCGAAUAUGGUCUUGCUGACUGGCCCGAAUAUGGGCGGGAAAUCUACGCUACUUCGCCAGACUUGCAUUGCUGUCAUAAUGGCCCAAAUGGGAUGCUACGUCCCUGCACGGCGCUGCCGUAUGACGAUUUUUGAUAGGAUCUUUACACGAUUGGGGGCAAACGACAAUAUUCUUGCCGGUCAGUCGACAUUCAUGGUUGAACUUGCGGAAACGUGCAAGAUCAUGCGGGAAGCUACACCGCGAUCCCUCGUUAUUCUGGAUGAGCUCGGCCGAGGAACAUCAACUUUUGAUGGUUAUGCUAUUGCGUAUGCGGUCUUGCAUCAUUUGAUCACACAUGUCCGCUGCCUCGGGCUGUUUAGCACUCAUUACCGUAUGCUUACCACCGAGUUUGCUGAUAACUCGUUAAUAACGAUGAAGUACAUGAGUUUCCUUACCGAUGAGGAAAAGCGCGAAGUCACCUUUUUAUACAAAUUGACAGACGGAAGCUGUCCGAAGAGUUAUGGGAUGAACGUCGCGAGCAUGGCUGGUGUGCCCAUUGAAAUUGUUGAGAAGGCCGAUAAGAUUGCGGCCAGUUUUCAGGAUAGCAAGGAGGCGUUAGGGGAAAAUGCGAUGGAGAGACCUGAAUAUAGGCUCACACGAUUAGCAAACUUUGCCGAACUAAUGGCUGCAACGAAAGAGCCCAAAAAUUCCUUUGAGCUCGUAAAAACGAUCUGGAGAGGACUCCGUGCUUGAGAUCCGGAGGUGCAUAUAGACCUUGUCCUCGACGAAUGCGUCUGUUUAUUGGGAACGAUUGGGAAUGUUUGGGAAUUUCGAUGGCGGCCCCAAGGGGAUGUUUUGCGCCUUCUAUUACUAAGGAGUAGAUGAUGGGUUAUCCAAAUUGUAUAAUUUAGACUUCAUGCUCCAAUUGUAAUCAUUGGAUGUUUAGAGCUUUUUUUCACAACGUCCCGAUAACAUCCCAUCGAAUAAUUCGUGCAUCGUCCGUAACUGCCAUCAAUAUCCUGAAAAACAGAUACGCCUGGUAAAAAUAAAAU